GUCGCUGGAAGCGGUUGGCGCCCGUUCUUAUCGCGCCAAGGAGCUCCUUCGCCCGCGCCUCUCCUGAGGGAAGCUUCUACUAGUUGCUCGGCGGAGACGGCUGGGUACCAGCCACGCGGGGGCGGCAGCGGCACGGCCAGAAUUGUGUGAAAAAUGCCAGCCAGGAAGUUUUCAGAUGAAGAAACUGUGAUGGGCCGGUGGCCAGGAAGUAUUCUUUUUUAUGAAGUACAGGUAGUUAAUUAUGAUGACCGCAGUCAUCUUUAUACAGUGAAAUAUAAAGAUGGAACCGAGCUUCAACUGAAAGAAAAUGACAUCCGGCAUUUGUCUUCCUUUCGGUUUAGAAAAAGCAACUCUUCCUCAGGUUCUCCAUCAAGACGCAGUGGUAGCCGAUCAAGAUCUGGCUCUAGAUCCCGCUCACCUGGACGGCCAGCAAAACAUAGACGCCGUUCUUCUUCUCAAAGCAGAGAGCCCAAAAAUGCUAAAAAGAAUACAGUUGUGGAACCUAAUUUGAUUCCUUUGAAACUAUAUGAAAACAAUACCAACAGCUAUAAUGGGGAACCAGAUAUCACUGAAGUGAAUUACUCUUCUCUCAAAAUUUUACAGCAUGAAAAAAUUGAGUCAGAGUUGGAGACAGAGCAAUUGCAUCCAAGAAAGGAGAAGAAAAUGGGAGAAAUGUUUGCAGAGGAAAGAUUUUUUGAGACUCCCAAAACUAUUGAAAAAGAAUGCAUGAAGUCAAAGGAAUUAGAAUUUGGAGGGAGAAUUGGAGCUUUCUGCAUGAUACUCUUCAUGCCCGCAACUGUGUUUUAUUUGUUGUUAAUGUGCAAACAGAAGGAUCCCAGUGUUCUGAAUUUUCCUCCUCCUCUCCCAACCCUUGAUAGCUUAUGGGAGAUAAGAGUAUUUGGUGUCUGUCUUCUGUGGUUCUUUCUCCAAGCCCUAUUUUAUUUACUGCCCAUAGGAAAGGUUGUGGAAGGAACACCUCUUUUGAAUGGAGUUAGACUGGCAUAUAGGAUAAAUGGGUUUUAUGCGUUUAUCCUAACAACUGUGGCCUUAGGAAUAUGUCUGUAUUUCGAAAUGGAGCUUUAUUAUUUAUACAACCAUUUCCUGCAAUUUGCAGUCAGUGCAGCGAUUUUCUCUGUCAUGUUAAGCAUUUAUCUCUAUGUCCGCUCCCUGAAAUCAUCUGAGGAAGAAUUAUCAUCUGGAGGAAAUUCUGGAAACAUAAUUGCCGCCAUGACUUCCUUGUACAGAGUGAGUUUAAAUCCCUGCAAGACUGGAAAUUUUUUGAAUCUGAAAAUACUUGCAGUUGUUAUUAACUUCACAAUGCUCUUGGCUGAGAUAAAAGUGCAUCAUCAGAGAGCAUACCUCUCUUUGUCAAUGAUACUAGUUAAUGGUUUCCAGCUUCUGUAUGUGGUGGACUCUCUUUUGAAUGAGGAAGCUAUUUUGACAACUAUGGACAUUACCCAUGAUGGAUUUGGAUUCAUGCUAGCUUUUGGAGACUUGGUCUGGGUUCCCUUUCUCUACAGCUUGCAAGCUUUCUAUUUAGUCAAUCAUCCUUAUGAAGUUUCUUGGCCUAUAGCUUCUGCAAUUUUGGCUCUGAAUUUUCUCGGUUAUUAUAUUUUCCGCGGUGCAAAUUCACAGAAAAAUGCAUUCCGGAAGAAUCCAAAGGAUCCAAAACGUGCCCAUUUGAAAGUUAUUCCUACUGCAACUGGAAAGAACCUUCUGGUGUCUGGCUGGUGGGGCUGGGUGCGUCAUCCAAAUUACCUGGGAGAUAUCCUCAUGGCUCUAGCAUGGUCCCUACCUUGUGGUUUUAAUCACAUUUUACCAUAUUUCUAUGUCAUAUAUUGUAUUGGUUUGCUUAUUCAUCGAGAAGCCCGUGACGAACGUCAGUGUAAGAAAAAAUACGGCGUGGCAUGGGAAAAAUACUGUCAAGAUGUACCUUACCGCAUAUUUCCAUACAUCUACUGAGCUUCUUCAGAACCACUGGAUGACAAACAGCUUUUGCAAUCAAAUCUCUCUUACAAUAAACCACAUACCUCAUACUGUUGAACUUGGUAUAUAUGGAGGUUCUGCUGGAUUUUCUUAAAGAUAUUUUCAGAUAGUGAUCUAGCAGAUACCUUUACCUAUAACCUUUAUUAGACAUAGCUUUUUCUAUUAACCAUCUGCCUACUUCAUUCCACAGUUCAGUUAAACAAUAAAUUUGUGUAGUAAACACAAAUCUUUUCAGGCAUUUUGUACACUAUGUGUCUAGUGUAAAAUAAUCAGUAUUUGUUCUGGAAAGUAGGAAAAAACAGCCCGUUGUUAGGGGUCGAGAUUAUCCAUCCAGUGAAAUUCGCAUAUGCUGCAUUUUCCUCAAUAGAGUUGGGCUGAUUCCGUUUUCCUUGACUUGCUUCCUCAGGCUAAUACCACUAGUAACAUUGAUGUGAGGAAAUGAAACUUCAAGGAGCCAAUUCAGAAGUUUCACUGCUGUUCCUUCUCCCUCAAGUAUAAACAGGCUCUCAUUUUAAGAGCGAUGCAUGUAGCAUGCCUGAUGGAUUUUUAUGAUGAGCAUAUGUGUGUAUCAUGAUGCACUGUGCUAUAAGGAAUACAUUCAUGUCAUAAAGGAAUUUUAAAAAAUUCUAUGCAGCUCUCUUCAAAUAUGUAAAGGUUCAUAAUGUCUGCAUAAGUAGGACUAGGUGUACAAAUUAUGAAAUAAAAUAGGUUCAGUUAGCUUUUUUGAGCUAUUAUAAACCAUUGCAUUGUACUAUAACUCCUUUAUAUUGUAACAUUUAAAUAUAUUGUUGUACAGUAUAAGAUGCAGUAGUAUUAGAACUGGAUUUUUUAAAAACAAACUAUUUUCAAUAUUUUGAGAAAGUUUUAUAAUGUAUUGCUGUGAAAUUUCAGCUAAUAAAUUGUUUAGUCAAAUAUUGUAAAGUCACAUGCAUUAUAAAAAUUGAGUUUUAUUCAAAGUUGUUGAAGUUGGCAUUGCUACCUCAAAUGUAGGUUAUUUGCCUUUUUAUACUGUUGCAAAAAGAAAAAAACCCUAUUUUUUUCAAAUUGCUAUUUAAGUCAGUUUAAGUGAAUCUGAUUAAAGUCAACCACUUUAAACUAAUGUAUUUUUGUAUACUUGAGUUUUUCAUAGCUAUGUCAGAAACUAAUCUUUGUAGCUUAACAUCUAUAAAUUCUAUUGCAAUAGUAUUUACCUAAUUAGUUUUAAUUGGAAAUAGGCUAAUUUUUUACAUUAAAUUAGAAGGGAAUUUUUUUGUAUAAAUCCAGUAUUUUAAAACCAAUUUAAAACCAAAUUGCCAGCAUAAUUAGCAAUGUGAAAACACCCUUUAAUUUGAAUUUCUAUAUUUUACAUUUGUGAAUAUAUAGCAUAGUUCUGGUUGAACAGCAGUUUUAUUUUCAGUUUAAUGCAUAGUGCAGCAUUGCUUGGAUGGAUCCUUAUUUGGCACACUAGAACCCUGUUUUCAACAAGGAUGUGUGCUUAGCUAUCAGGCACUGUGUAGGAUGGAAGAUCAGAAUGGCAUAGUUCAUAUAUUCCUGCCAAUACAUCCUUGUGCUUGAUCAGUAAAUACCACCCGUUGAUGGCACAAAUAGGGAGAAAGGAGGGGUAGAGCCUGGGAUGUAUUUGUCCCUGUGGCUGACGUUGUGUCCUAUAGAUCAUGUUCUGUGUUUUAUUUUUGCUGCCUUAGUUACUGUAUAAAAAGAAUAGUUUACUUGUACUUUGGAAAUGGAGCAUGACAGCUUUCUUUCAUAGUAUUGUUUGGUUUUGAAUUUUAACACUUCUGAACAGUGCUUCAAAACAUCUAUAACCAUUUAGUUGGAGGAAAUGUACUACUGCAUAACCAAUUUAAACAUACCACUAUUUUAAGUUAUUUACUUGAAAGGAAAAUUUAAAAAUACCUACUUUUGUGUGGCUAGGAGUGUGGUUACUGACUAAUAAAUUGCAGUUUGUCAUGUUCGUUUUAAAUAUGUAGAAUACAUACAUUUUUGUUUUAACUUCUUUAAAAACUUGUAUAAUUAAAAUGCUGUUCAAAAGUG